CAAUGACGCAAGCGAGGCCCGUGGGGUGCUUACCUGCGUCUGGCGGUGCAUGUGAGAGGGCUGGUACGGGCGGCCUGUACGUGCAUUGUUCACACGUCACCGUCAGUCUGCCGAGCAUAAGUAUAAAAGGGGCGGCUGUGCCCAGGCAACUUGUCAUUCGCACCCGAGUGUGUCGUGCCUUCACACCCUUCGAACAAGUAUAGAGCGACAUGUUUUGCAAGUUGGUGUUCGCGCUACUAGCAGUGGUCGGAGUUACCUUGGGUCACCCGGAUGUCUACGAACCCGUCUAUAAACCGGAACCUCUGCCGUAUUACUUCAACUACGACGUGCACGACGACUACAAGGGCGCCCACUACGGCAGGAACGAGAAAUCGGACGGAAAAGCUGUCUACGGAUCCUACACCGUCGCGCUCCCCGACGGCCGCAAGCAACAUGUUGAGUACACGGCCGACCACUACAAGGGCUACGUGGCCAAGGUCAGCUACUACGGCAAAGCCAAGCACCCCAAGUACUACGGUCCUCCUAUUACCUUCAAGCCUUCCUACGGAUACCAUUAACUAUCAAAAUGCUGAUCGACUACACGUGGUCAUAGGCUGAUAUUUUUUUGCUAAUCAAAUAGAGAAAUAUAAAUAUAUAUACAUAUUUUCAUAUAUACUAAUAUAAAUAUAUAUAAAAUAUAACAAUUUGUGCUCCGUUAUUGUCCUGCGAUGACUGAACAAACCCCAUUCAUUA